AUGCCUGAAGCCAUGCAAGAAUCCUUGCCCGGUGGUGCGAGAGACUACGACGCGCCCCCCGGCGGCGGCAACACCCUGAACCCUUCUUCUUUGGGGGAAGCAAGUCCAGAAUCUUCAGAAACUCCAAAUGCGAGCGAUGACACAACCACCACACGCGUGAGCCAGGCCAAGCGGGACUGGAGGUUUUGGGCUCUCCUGGCCUCCAUCAGCCUUGCUGGGUUGCUCACGGCUCUGGAGGGAACCAUCACGUCGACGGCGCUUCCCUCAAUCGUCGACGAGCUCGGCGGCGGCCACCUCUACGUCUGGAUCGUGAACGGGUAUUUGUUCGCCAUGACGGCGAUGCAGCCCUUGUUCGGACAGCUGGCCAACGUCUUCGGCCGCCGCCGGCCCAUGCUCGUCUCGACCGCCCUUUUCGUGCUCGGAAGCGGCGUCUGCGGCGGCGCAAACAACGUGGGGACCCUCAUCGCCGGGCGGGUCAUCCAGGGCAUCGGGGCCAGCGGCACCACCGUGCUCACCGAGACAAUCAUCUGCGACGUCGUGCCGCUGAGGGAGCGCGGCAAGUUCCUGUCCAUCGUCAUGGGCAUGAUCUUCUUGGGCACCGCGCUCGGCCCGUUCUUCGCCGGCCUCAUCGUGCAGUACUCGAGCUGGCGCUGGACCUUUUACCUGGCGCUGCCCGUGGGCGGCGCCGCCCUCCCCGCCCUCUUCUUCUUUCUCAACGUCGGGAUUUCGACGAUUGACUGGACGGGCAACGUCAUCUUCAUCGCCUCCAUCACGUCGGUCCUGCUCGGCUUGUCGUGGGCCGGAGUGCUGCACCCGUGGUCAUCCUACAACGUCUUGGUGCCGCUGCUCGUGGGCAUGGCUGGCCUGGCCGCAUUCUUCGUCUUUGAGGGCUCUCGCUUUGCCCCGAAUCCCACCGUUCCGCUGCACCUGUUUUCUAACCGGACAUCGCUCAGCGUCAUGUUCAUAACCUUCUUCCACGGGACCACCACCAUCUGGCAGCUCUAUUUCAUGCCUGUCUACUUCCAGGGCGUUCUCGGCUCGUCGCCCAGCCGAUCGGGACUCCAGAUCCUCGCGACUGUCCUCGCCAUCUUGCCCGGUGCUGCCGUUGGGGGCGGCCUCAUGUCCAAACUGGGUCGCUACAAGCCCAUCCACUACGUCUCCUGGGCCAUCACCCUCGUCGGCCUCGGCCUGUUCACCCUCCUGGACAGAGACUCGAGCACAGGGGAAUGGGUCGGCUUCCAGAUCGUCUAUUCCAUGGGAGCUGGCAUGCUGAUCCCCACGCUUCUCCCAGCAUUCCUGGCCCCGCUGAGCGAGUCCGAUACUGCGCUGGCGACAGCGACGUGGUCUUUUGUCCGCAGCUUCAGCAUGGUGUGGGGGACGGCCAUACCCGCUACCAUCUUCAACAUCCGCUCCGACGAACUCGCAGCCAAGCUCGUCCAAGACGUUACGACCCGAGCAGCCAUGUCCAAGGGCCAAGCGUAUGAGCACGCCACUUCCGCGUUUCUCGCGACGCUACCUCCCGCUGUACGUGAUACAGUCACCCAGGUUUUUGCCCAGAGCCUGCGUCUAACCUGGCUGGUGUCGCUCGCAUUCGCCGGUGCCGGAUUCCUUUUUGUGAACCUCGAAAAGGAGACGCCGAUGCGGAGCGAGCUGGAGACUAGCUACGGGAUGGAAGAGAAGCAGAAACCAAUACUAUCCAAAGUCUAA